AGGGCAUCUAAAUGGUCUCAGCAUAUCUUCCCAAACAGGUAAAGCUCCAGAUGGCCCUGGAACUUGUGAGGAAAGAGAUGGAGGAGGCCUUGACGCAGGAGGCCAACGUGGGGAAGAAAACUGUCAUUUGGAAGGAGAAAGUGGAAAUGCAGAGACAACGCUUCAGGCUGGAGUUCGAGAAGUACCGCGGCUUCCUGGCCCUGGAGGAGCAGCUGCAGCUGCGGCGGCUGGAGCAGGAGGAGCGCGCCACGCUGCAGAGACUGCGCGAAGGCCAGCGGCAGCUGGCGCAGCGCGGCCGGGCCCUGCGGGAGCUGGCGCAGGAGCUGGAGGACCGCUGCCGGCUCCCGGCCUUGGAUCUGCUGGAGGGGGUGAGAGGAACCUUGAGCCGAAGUAAGAGUGUCACACAGCUGGAACCGGAGACCAUCCCCCUGGAGCUGAAGACCAUGUGUCGAAUCCCUGGGAUGAGAGAAAUGUUGAGGAAGUUCCAAGUUGAUGUAAAGCUGGACCCGGCCACAGCGCAUCCUAGCCUCCUCUUGACUGCUGACCUGCGCAGUGUGCAGGACGGAGAACUGUGGAGGGAUGUCCCCAACAACCCUGAGCGAUUUGACACGUGGCCCUGCAUCCUGGGUCUGCAGAACUUCUCAUCAGGAAGGCAUUACUGGGAAGUCAUGGUGGGAGAAAGGGCAGAGUGGGGUUUAGGAGUCUCUCAAGACACAGUGCCAAGAAAGGGGGAAACGACACCAUCUCCCGAGAACGGAGUGUGGGCCAUGUGGCUGCUGAAAGAGAAUGAGUACAUGGUCCUUGCCUCCCCAUCCGUGCCUCUCCUCCACCUAGAGAGGCCUCGUCGCAUUGGGAUUUUCUUGGACUAUGAAGCAGGUGAAAUCUCCUUUUAUGACAUCACAAAUGGGUCUUACAUCUACACAUUCAGCCAACUGUUCAAUGGUGUUCUCCGGCCUUACUUUUUCAUCUGUGACACAAAUCCUCUUGUCCUGCCACCUAUGACAGAAGCAGAGUCAGGAAGUAGCGCAUCCAGCAGUCAUCCUAAUCCUGCUUCCAACAUUAGAGAUGACCAUUCCUGAAAUUCUGUCUGGAGAUACACUCCAAGUGUAGCAGUUUCCUGGAGCAGAGUGGAGGAAAUACAAAUGUGAGGCCUAAACAAAUGUCCCCAUUUAGGACAGCACUUUAGUCAUUGCUGCUAUGGAAAAUUUCCCACAGGGACAAAAGACAAAGUAUGAAUUAUUUGCAUUUGGAAGAGCAUUGUGAAAUUGAAAUAUAAUAAUAUUAGAAAUGGAAUAUUCCCAUCACUUUUUAUCAAGAUGGCUCCACAUGCUUUCUUGAGGACUCUUUUAAAAUGACUUUUGUAUUAAAUAUAUUUACAUAUUCAU